CAACCCGGAAAAAAAUGGUUGGGACAGCGGAGGCGGAAGAAGUAAUAGAUGGAGUGAGAGAAGGUGAAAGGUUGAAGGGGAUUCGUUUAGUGGGGUUAUGUUCAGGUGAAUGCUGAUUAGGUACUACUGUGAAUACAAUGAGCAAACGUAGAACAAAAGAGACCAGUUUAACUCUUGGAGAGUGCAUUUCUCAGGUUCAGGAUAUAUUGAGGAAGAGAUUUUGUCUCCAGAAGCUGAAUGGAAGACCAUUUGGAAUGGAAUCUCAACAUAAGCAUUUACUAGAGCUGUUGAAACGAACAGCCAUCCAAGGAGAAAGCAACUCCAUUCUUAUUGUUGGACCUAGAGGAGCAGGGAAGACCAUGUUGCUAAAUGAUGUCUUGAAUGCAUUGCUGGAAGUGAAACAAGUGAGGGAAAAUGUUUUGGAGGUUCACCUAAAUGGCUUACUUCAGACUGAUGAUAAAAUUGCUUUGAAAGAAAUUACAAGACAGCUGCAACUAGAAAAUGUCGUUGGAGACAAAGUUUUUGGAAGUUUUGCAGAAAACCUUGCAUUUCUUCUUGAAGCUUUAAAGAAAGGUAAUCGUAGUAGCAGUCGUCCAGUAAUCUUCAUACUUGAUGAGUUUGACCUCUUUGCACAUCACAAGAACCAAACUCUACUGUAUAAUCUCUUUGACAUUUCACAGUCUGCGCAGACUCCUGUUGCUGUGAUUGGAUUGACUUGCAGAUUGGAUGUGCUGCAGUUACUGGAGAAGAGAGUAAAAUCACGAUUCUCCCACAGGCAGAUCCAUUUAUUGAACUCCUUCAAUUUCCAACAGUACUUGAAAAUAUUUGAAGAGCAAUUGACUUUGCCUGAAGAUUUCCCAGAUAGACGAUUUUCUCAGGAAUGGAAUCAAAAUUGCCAGUCUCUUUCUAAGGAUCAGACAGUGAAAGAUGUUCUUCAGAAACAGUUUAACUCCAGUAAAGAUCUUCGAUCACUGCACAUUCUGUUGAUGCUUGCUCUGAGUCAAGUAACUGUGUCUAACCCAUUCAUCACAUCAGUAGCCCUACUGGAAGCUUAUAGAGUACGCAGUAUGGAUUCAAAAGCAAAUUUGCUGCAUGGCCUAUCUGUUUUAGAAAUCUGUCUGGUCAUAGCUAUGAAACAUUUGAAUGAUAUUUAUGAAGGAGAGCCUUUCAACUUUGAAAUGGUGCACAAUGAAUUUCAGAAAUUCAUUCAGAGGAAGGCUCAAGCAAUUCAUAAUUUUGAAAAGCCAGUAAUUAUGAAGGCAUUUGAGCAUCUUCAGCAACUAGAACUAAUAAAACCUGUAGAUGGGCCAGCCACGCGAAUACAGAAGGAGUAUCAACUGACAAAGUUGCUGUUAGAUAGUAAUCAGAUCAUGGAUGGCCUCCAGAAGUACCCUCAUUGCCCUACUGACCUGAGACAAUGGGCAUCAUCAUCUUUAGGAUGAACUUAGUUUUUUUUUUUGUAUUGAAUGGUAUUAUAUUUUUAUAGCCUAAAAUAAGUUUUUUUGACUUGAUACAUUUUGUACAAAAAUAAGUGGUAUUGACUAAAAAAAUUAACUUUUGUAUGUUA